AUGGUGUCGCAUGUUUGUGCGCUGGUGUCGUGCGACCGGAACGCGUGGAGUGAGUCGGAGACGGUGGCGCUGGGCGCGUGGCUCACGACGCCGCGCUGUGCCGCGCGCUCUCGCACGCGCCCGCCGCGGCGCUGCUGCCGCUGGCGGACGCGGUGGGCGGCACGGCGGCGGCGCCCGGCAGCGUCGCCGCGCGCCUCGCCACCGACCUCUGCGACGCCGCGCUCGCACACUACCUACAAGUGCAGAAGGAGGAGGUUUCGUGGAACUCGUGCCAGGAGGUGGCGGAGCUGGUGUCGGCUCGGAGCGGCGCGCUGCAGCCCGACGCGCGGUACGCGGUGGUGCAGCUGGUGGGGCGCCGCCUGGCCGCGCCGCGCGCGCCCGGCGCCGCGCGCGCGCCUGCUGCGCGAGCUGGAGCGCGCGCCCGCGCCCGCGCAUCGCUACCACACCGAACACCUCAAGGUGUCUGUAGGCGUGUCCAAGCUGCAAUCUCUUUUUGGGCGCUUACAGAAUAACGGCCACGGUCAAGAAACUAAAACCACCAAUAAAUUAUAAAAAAAAAAAAUUGUUGGUAAAAAAAAACUUUUUAAUUAAAUGUAUAAACACAUA